AUGCUCGUAUAUUAUGCGCAGGCCACCGCCGCCGCGAUUCGAAUUCAGACAAAAUGGCGCCAGGUGCGAGCGCGGUGGGCGUGGCUGAGGCUACGGAGGUGCAUUAUCUGCAUUCAGCUCGCCUGGUUAUGCUACUGCGCGCGGUGGGAAGUCUCGGCCCGUCAGGCCGCUCUUCGGGCCGACGCUGAGGAGCGCUGGUGGCUGCAGGAAUAUGAAUUUUCGAACCAGGUUUUAUACAUUCAGCGCUGGAUACGUGAACGGCGACUAAUCGAGAACGCUCAGACGGAAGUCGGCCGCCGGCAGAAAGCCGUGCGAGAGUGUAUUGAAGCUGCAGAAGCAAACUUUGCUCAGUCUCUUGGGCGAUUUCAGUUUGUGGAAGGAUUAGAGCGGAGUUCAUCUAAGAUUAUGGCCGUCUUGCGAGGGGCGAAGUCUCGGGAGUGGAUGCGAAAGCAGCACAGCAGAGCUCUCUGCGUUCAUCGUGUCCUUGCUCAGUGUAUGUGUCGGGCUCGGGGAAAGACCUUGCUUGACCGAAUGCGCAAGCAGCGGGAUGCAAAGCGCACUCAGGAGCGCCAUCACGAGGAGGUGCUCGCCGCCGCCACAUGCAUUCAAGGCGCUGUAAAGCGGUGGCUCUUAAGACGGUGCGCCGCUCAAAAGUUUCAACCCCUCUUAGUGCAAAAGCGCUUAACAAUGGAAAGGACGCUCGAGAUGGCGACGGCCGAGGAAGAAGAAAAGUGGCAGCAGGUCUUUGAGUACUGUGCGGUUAUGAUCCAAAGCGUCUGGCGUUCGUACCGUUGUCGACAAGAGGUUCUUCGCCAUCGUCAGCUUAUCUCCAUGAAUCAUCAAUAUAAGCAGAAGAACGAGUUCGUGCAAUGCGCGGUGGUGAAGCUGCAGGCUUUGAUGCGUGGGUUUUUAACACGCCGUCGCUAUCGGCCUGCACUCCCUAUCAUUUCAUCACAAUCUCCUCAGAGUUUAAGCGAAGCACACCUUAUCCAAACCCCGCAGCGAACCGUAUUUGUACUUUCCACCCCUUCUUCUGCGAUGGAUCACAAAUCUGUGAAGAAUAUGGACAGGGAUUCCUCGGUUUCCGCAUUCUCACGCCCUGCUUCGAGAAUCAAUCAGACACACGAACCUUAUUCAGAAAUACUAUCCCCAAGGCAGCAUCGUGCGGCAAUAAUGAUCCAAAAAACAUGGCGAGGAUACUGGUUGCGCAGUUGUAUCGACUAUUUCACUAAAGAGUGUGAUCAAAUGAUCGACGAUGAUUAUACUUCAGCUUCAAAAGCAUCUUUAUAA